CUUGUCUCUGAUUCUUCUCUGUAAUCUGUGAUUAUUUUGUCUAUGUAUGUGAUAUGAUUUAAGUAUUCAAGAAUUUUGAGAUUUGAGACUUGAAAAACUUCUGGCAGAGCAAAGGAGUUAAACACACAAAAGAAAUUUUCAACAGAAGAAACUGCACGCUUUAAAAUGAAAAACUUGGCUGUAUUCGAUUUUGAUCACACGAUAAUUGAGUUGAAUAGUGAUGUAGUGAUAGCAUCUAUGAUUCCUGGAGGUGUACCUGAGAGUGUGAAAAAACUUCAUUGUAAUAAUGGCUGGAUAGCAUAUAUGCAAGGCGUAUUUGAUACUCUUCAUAUUCGUGGAUAUAAUCAAGAUUUUAUAAAUAAUAUUAUAAUGAAAUUGGAUCCUGUGGUUGGUAUGCUAGAUCUGAUCAAGGAACUAGUUGUUUCCUUUAAUUAUGAUGUGAUUAUUAUUAGUGAUUCUAAUUCUCAUUUCAUUGAUACUUGGUUGACCUAUAACAAUUUGAAAAAACAUAUACUUGAGGUUUUUUCAAACCCUGCUGUAUUUGAGGGUGAUCUCUUGAAAAUUAAACCAUACCACUUACAAGAUUAUUGUAAUUUAAGCAGUAAGAAUUUAUGCAAGGGACAAAUUCUACAAGAUUUCAUUACACAACAAAAAAAGGAUGGAAACAUUUACAAUAGAAUUUUAUAUGCUGGUGAUGGUGCGAAUGACUUGUGCCCAAUUUUGAGAUUGAAGAAUUGUGAUCAUGCUUUUGUCAGAAGUAGAUAUAAAUUAGAAGAAUUGAUUGAAAAAGUUAAUAAUGGUGAAAUUAAAGAUAAAUCAGUCUUUCAGAUGUAAUUUUUGAAACCAAAAUAUCAAACAGAAUCUAUAUCCAGCCGUUGUUGGUUCCAGAGUGAUUUAUACUCAGCAACACAUUCUGAUUAAUAUUUUUGUAUAUGAAAAAUCAAAUGGUACUUUUAAAUUUCAAGCUAUGCAGAUAGUUCAACAGCCACAUUUUUCUGGAAUGUAUUAAAUUGUAACAUUUAGAUAUUUGUCAUUUUCAAUGACUUCGUCUUCAAGUUUUUAGUUAAUUUAUUAUGAAAAAUUUUCGAUGAAAAUAGAAUAAUUGUGUAUUGAUUU